CACCCGCGCGCGGCAAACGCACGUUUCGAAGAUGAGCACAAUCGCAUCGAUGACCGCGCUCCGCGCGCGCGCCCCGAUCGCCGCGCGUACGGCGCGCGGCGUCGUCACCGCCCCCUCCACCAUCAGGGCACCCGACGCGUCCAGCGGUCAGAUCACGCGGCGAUCGCGCGUCGUCGCGAGCGCGGGAAGCGGCGAGAAGCUCGGCACCGACAAGACGUACAACUGCGUGGUCACCGAAGACGGCGUGAUCGUCGCGAAGGACAUCCCGUCCGGCGUCUACGAGGUGUCCGCGUGGUGGGCGGGAGCCACGUCCGGGGACGAGGACGAGCAACCCCUCGCGCCCCGAUGCGACUCUGAGCGCCAGCGAGGGUGCGAGGUGCGGUGCGAGAUGACCGCGGAGGGCGAGCUCGUGUGCGAGGGGCUCAGCAGCGGGAUGUACCGGGUCAUCAACGCCAGCGAGUACGACGCCGAGUGCGAAGUCAAGGACGGAUCCUUCGAGUGCAAGACUUCGUUCGACGAGGAGCCGCUGCGACUGGACACCGACGACUUCAAGGCGGUGGAGACUGAGGAGGAACACGGGUUCAGGAUGGGCGGAUGACGACGGGACCGUUCGUCGUCGGGUCGCGCGUGGAAAAAGAGUAGGUAUUGACGAGAGAGUUGGGCCGGUUCGAGGCGACUGCCAAAGGGGCGGCGGCGUCAUCUUCAUUGUUUUUUUGGACUAUCUUUGUGGUACAAAGAGACGGAAUCGAU